CGGUCUUACAUAUAAGAUCCGAUUACCGGCUUAAAAUGCUUUUUUUAUCCAUUUUAUUAUCAUCAUUUUAAAUAAAGUUACAGCCCGUUGAAUUUCAGAAAACAGACGCCCUUUCGCUUUCAAUUCACACUCUAUGCACCUGAUUCCCGAUUGUUUUGUUCCAUGCUGUACAAAUUGGCGGGAGAAAGCUGAUUGUUAGAAGAUGUCUGCCGUCUGACAGAUUAUUGUUUUCCUACGUGCGUAAUAAACAUUAUUGAACCGCUAUGGGUAUUUUGGGAUUAUCGAAGUUAAUAGCGGAUAUAGCUCCGGCAGCUAUAAAAGAGCGAGAAUUGAAACAUUAUUUUGGUCGCAAAAUAGCUAUCGAUGCGUCCAUGUGCUUGUAUCAGUUUCUCAUAGCUGUGCGCAGCGAAGGAGCUCAGCUGACCACUGCAGAUGGUGAAACAACCAGCCACUUAAUGGGCACAUUUUAUCGUACUAUACGCUUGGUAGAACAAGGAAUAAAGCCUGUUUAUGUGUUUGACGGUAAGCCACCAAAUCUCAAAGGUGGAGAAUUAGCCAAAAGAGCUGAGAGAAGAGAUGAGGCACAGAAACUUUUGCAAGCUGCAGCGGAAGAUGGAGACGCGGCAGCUAUAGACAAAUUUAGCAGGAGAUUGGUUAAAGUUACGAGAACUCACGUUGAAGAAGCUAAGCAAUUGCUCCAAUUAAUGGGGAUACCCUAUAUCGAUGCUCCUUGUGAAGCCGAAGCGCAAUGCGCUGCUUUAGUUAAAGCCGGCAAAGUCUUCGCCACUGCUACGGAGGAUAUGGACGCGCUCACCUUUGGCUCCAACGUGCUACUCCGUCGUUUGACUUUCAGCGAGUCUAGAAAAUUACCUGUGCAAGAGAUUCAUUUCGAUAAGGUUCUCGAAGAUUUGGAGUUGAAUCACGAUGAGUUCAUCGAUCUCUGCAUCAUGUUGGGUUGCGAUUAUACCGGCACUAUCAAAGGCGUCGGGCCUAAGAGGGCGAUAGAAUUGAUAAAGAAUCACAGGUCUCUCGAGAAAAUAGUCGAGAAUAUAGACACCAAGAAAUUUCCCGUGCCGGAAGAUUGGAAUUACGGAGAAGCAAGAUCAUUGUUUCGAGAGCCGGAAGUAUCGAGCACUGAUGAUAUCGUGUUAAAAUGGUCCGAGCCGGAUGAGGAUGGUUUGGUGAAGUUCCUGUGCGGCGACAAACAGUUUAACGAGGAGCGAGUUAGAAAUGGCGCCAAGAAACUUUACAAGGCUCGAAACACGUCCACGCAAGGCAGACUCGAUUCGUUCUUCAAGGUCUUACCAAACUCCUCUACUCCGGCAAAGCGAAAGAUAGAAGAGAAAAAGACGCCAGCCAAGAAGACUAAGGGAACGACAAACGUUAAGUUCCGUGGUAAAGCGAAAUGAGAAUGACAUUUGUAAAAUUCAGCGGGAAUUCACCGCAGCAUGCCAAUCCUAUAAAUUUCGUUUGCGCAACACCAGCUCCCCCGAUCACCUCGAAUUCCUAUCUCACUAUGUAACGUACGUUUCGCGUUUAUUUUUACAAAUCCUCACGCCGAGUUACACCUUGGCUUGGAAGUAACGAAUUUCGAAUUUGUAAUUUUCUCUAUUUAUUUGAUAAAAUAUAUAACGUGUGAUAUUCA